AUACAUUGCCCAAGCCUAGCUGCACUAGGGAAAUUGAAGAAUUGUUCUGUGAGCAAACGCAGGAGGGCAGUGAAGUAUUCCAGUCAUCCAUGCAGUCGCCUCAUCCACAGAGAGCGGAAGAGUGCAAGGGGGCGGAGUGUGAUGAUUUGUCAACGGGAGGCUGAGUGAACGAUAUUAAUCAGUGAUUCAGCCUCCGUCUCAUCAGUGAAGGACGACAACACAUCCUUCACUGAAAGAGGUACUGGGCAGAAGUCUUUUAGUUAGCUAACUUGCAAUUUUGUAAUGAUGUUGAAUUAACGAGCGGGUUACAUAUUGAUAUAGCAGAGUCAAAUGACCGGCACUGAAACAGCAUAGGAAGAUAGCUACCAAAGGAAGCUUGCUAAUUUAGUGUUAACGCAAACCGGUUUUACCGUUCUCCGACAGCUAACUUCGCUUCGGGAUGCCUUCGGAAUUGAUUCUCUACGUUAGUGUUUAGCUGCCUGCAUAUUCCGUUGCAGAACCCUGGACUAACUUCAGUUCUUCAUAUAGGUUGGUUGACUGCACCAGUGGAGGUGGCACCAUGGUGCAAAAGUAUCAGUCCCCCGUGAGGGUCUACAAGCAGCCCUUUGAGCUGGUGAUGGCGGCGUAUGAGCGGCGGUUCCCUACCUGCCCGCUGAUCCCCAUGUUCGUGGGCAGCGACGUGCUGAGCGAGGACCAGAGCGAGGACGGCUGCAUGCACAACGUCGAGCGCCGCUGCAAGCUAGACGUGGACGCGCCGCGUCUGCUCAAGAGGAUUGCCGGGGUGGAUUACGUGUACUUCAACCAGAAGAACUCCCUGAACCGCCUCCAGAGGACCCUGCACAUCGAGUCCCACAACGAGACCUUCUCCAACAGGGUCAUCAUCAGUGAAGAAUGCUGCUACUCCGUGCACCCGGAGAACGAGGAGUGGACCUGUUUCGAGCAGUCGGCCAGCCUGGACAUCAAGUCCUUCUUUGGCUUCGAGAGCACGGUGGAGAAGAUCGCCAUGAAGCAGUACGCCAGCAGCAUCAAGAAGGGUAAGGAGAUCAUCGAAUACUACCUGAAUCAACUGGAGGAGGAUGGCAUCAGCCACGUCCCCCGCUGGUCCCCCGACCCCGCCUCCCCCGUCAGGCCCCUGACGCCGGUGCUGCGCCUCCCCGAGCUCCCCGUCACGCCCGCCAUCUCCAUCACGGCCCCCGCCGAGAGCGCAAGCACGCCCCCCCCGGACUCCCUCGCCCUCGUCUGCAAGGAGGGCACCAGCCCCCCCGGCAGCCUCAAUGAGCCAAUAGUUGGCACCCCAGAUGCAGACAAAUUGGAUGCUGACUACAUUAAGCGCUACCUGGGAGACCUCACACCCCUGCAGGAGAGCUGCCUGAUCCGGCUGCGUGGCUGGCUCCAGGAAACGCACAAGGGCAAGAUCCCCAAGGACGAGCACAUCCUGCGCUUCCUGCGGGCGCGCGACUUCAACAUGGAGAAGGCGCGGGAGAUCCUGUGCCAGUCACUCACCUGGCGCAAGCAGCACCAGGUGGACUACCUGCUGGAGACCUGGAGCUGCCCGCAGGUCCUGCACGACUACUACACGGGCGGUUGGCACCACCACGACAAGGAUGGCCGUCCUCUCUACAUCUUGCGCCUGGGGCAGAUGGACACCAAGGGCCUGGUGCGCGCCCUGGGGGAAGAGUCCCUCCUCAGACAUGUGCUGUCUAUCAAUGAAGAGGGCUUGAGACGCUGUGAGGAAAACACCAAAGUGUUUGGCAGGCCAAUCAGCUGCUGGACGUGUCUGGUGGAUCUGGAGGGUCUGAACAUGAGGCACCUGUGGAGGCCGGGUGUGAAGGCCUUGCUGAGGAUCAUAGAGGUGGUGGAGGCCAACUACCCCGAGACGCUGGGCCGCCUGCUCAUACUCCGAGCACCCAGAGUCUUCCCUGUGCUCUGGACACUGGUCAGCCCCUUCAUUGAUGAGAACACCAGGAAGAAGUUCCUUAUUUACGCGGGGAAUGACUACCAGGGCCCCGGUGGUCUGGUGGAUUACAUCGACAAAGAAAUCAUCCCUGACUUCCUUGGCGGGGAGUGUAUGUGCGAGGUGCCUGAGGGAGGUCUUGUGCCCAAGUCUCUGUACCGCACGCCCGAGGAGCUGGAGACCGAGGACAUCCGCCUGUGGACCGAGACCAUCUAUCAGAGCGCCAGUGUGUUCAAGGGCGCCCCCCACGAGUUGCUCGUCGAGAUCAUCGACGCUUCCUCGGUCAUCACCUGGGACUUCGACGUGUGCAAAGGCGACGUGGUCUUCAACAUCUACCACUCUAAGCGGGCGCCCCAGCAACCCCGCAAGGACCAGCAGGCGGGCCACGGCAUCACCUCGCCCGGGGGCAACAACGUGCAGCUCAUCGACAAAUCGUGGAUGCUGGGCCAGGACUACAGCAUGGUGGAGUCGCCCCUCACAUGCAAGGAGGGAGAGAGCGUCCAGGGUUCUCAUGUGACGCGCUGGCCGGGCUUCUACAUCCUGCAGUGGCGCUUCCACAGCAUGCCCGCCUGCGCCGCCACCAACCUUCCGCGCAUGGACGACGUGCUGGCCUCGCUGCAGGUGUCCUCGUACAAAUGCAAGGUCAUGUACUACACCGAGGUGCUGGGCUCUGAGGACUUCAGAACGGCUUGCUGUGAUGUGCAGAGUUUAGGCUCAAUGACCAGUCUGGAGUCCAGCCACAGCGGCUUCUCUCAGCUCAGUGCUGCCACCACCAGCUCCAGCCAAUCACAGUCCAGCUCCAUGAUCUCCAGGUAGAGCUGGCCAAUCAGAGAGACGGUAGGGAAGGGGUGGGGGUGGUGGGCGGGCGGGCAAGUUGGAGGACAACACCGGCCCACGAUCCCUUGCGCCCCAACCAACACCCCACAUUUUUGAGGCCCUUCCACAAUCCCUCACUCCAUCCCUCAUCGAUGAUGCUGACUCUUAACCAUCUUUCCCGUGUGGACCUGAAGCAUGAUUGAACUAUCGCAUCACGUCAAACAACAAACACAACAAAAAAUAUAUGUGUUGGAGUGGGUGGAAAAUGAACAAACAAAAAGCACUUGCACGCACACCUCUCCGCUGUGUAAAGGGCUAUGACCUGUGUUGCCGCGGCAAUCAACCGGGGCAGCAGGUCUGCACACGAGCAGGUUGUUUUCUCUCCUUGUACUUCAGGCUGGGGGGCUGCAGGAGGAUGUGGGUCAAUAUCUCACUGUACGCUCAGUGCAUCCUGGACGCCAUGUUGGACUAAGCAAUACUCCUCCUGAGAUCCAGACAGACAAAAGGUUUGGAGGUUACAGAACUGGAUUCGCUGUUACACAAUAACAAUACACACACACACACACACACACACAGACUCACAGACACAGACAGACAUCGCAGAUUUCCAGUGUGUUGUACACAUGUGGACUUAUCCUAGCACAUAAAUAGACUGAUGCACACGUAAUUGUAACACACACACACACACACACACACACUCUUCACACCACCGUGUUCCACAGAAUAUGCCAUAUCAGCAGGAGGAGGGUGAUGUCUCUCUGCUGAGCUGUGUUGUGUUUUUCUAAUAUUAAUAUUAUUAUUAUGAGGUCAAGUGCGGAGUUGUGGAGAGAUUGGGGCUAGAGGCAAUAAUUCCAGCUGAGUUUCUGCUGUCAAACUACUAUUUAUCAUGUGAACGUGUGCAAAAGGAGCUAGUUGGCGUCUUCGGGUGCUACGGAAAGUGUCCCUCUAGGUCUAGCUUUAGGCAGGACUUGAGACGGAGCAGAACUCCAGAACUUUACUGCUCACGAGACGAGACGAACAGGCAACAGGCCAGUUUUUUUUGAUGAUCUCCCAUUGGUUGGUAGUUUAUUUUUUUUUUACGAUCUUGUUACAUAAACCUACAUCUUUGAAUCUUUGCCAUUGACUCCUGGAACGUGCUACUGAUCAAGUGGACAAGCAGUCCUUGUAAGUACAGCGCCCGAGCAUUGGAGGGUCAUGUAUUUUAAUAGGUCAACUGUUUUUCUUUUGGAUGAUUUUGGGUGUACAGGUGAUCUAGGGUGGUUUUUGUAGUGAAUUUCAGUGUUGCCAUAUUUGUGAAGUGAUCGUUUCAACAAAAUCGAGGUCAACUUUAGCAUUGUUACAAAGACAUUUGAAAGAGGAUGCUUGAAAAACGGAGAGAAGUUACUUUUUUUGCAAUUUAGUGCUGAUUUUCUGGGAAAGAUUGCUCAAAGCUUGCUUUUGUCUCCCCCCCCCCCCCAAAGAAUUGCCAUUACUUACUAUUGUUGUAUUUAAAGGGAUUUCCUUGAACCAUCACCUUUAACCAGUGUAUAAACAAUUAUGCUGUCGUUUUUUCAAGGGCAUACGUUCAGCAUGAUGUGAAACGCCGCACCAUUCAGUGCGGAUGUUACAGGCAUUGAUUAUUGCAUAAAGCAGGUGAAUGUCUCCCCCCGACCAGACUGCA